ACGUCUUUAAGCCCUCCUCAAUAUGGCGGCGGUGGUUAGACGUCUUUAAGCCCUCACCAACAUGGCGGCGCGCGCCCCCUGAUAUCUUCCGCUUAUGAAAGCAGAAAAUAGCUCCUAUUUGAUGUUAUCUCGAUUAUUGAAUGCCUUCAGCGGCCAACACGGAGACGCCAUGGACGCGCAUAAACCAGCAAAGGUUUGACAAGCACACAUUUUAUCGUCACUGGAGUUUGCGGUGCAGAUGACGUGCGAUGGCUGUCGUGAUCAAGUUAAAGCUGCUCUGGAACACCGAACAGGCAUCCACUCCGUCAGCGUGGAUGUCGGCGAAGGACGCGUCCUAGUGGAGACAUCCCUGAGCAGUGGCGAGGUGCAGGCCUUGAUUGAAAGCACCCAUCGUCAGGCUGUGCUUAAGGGCAUGGGGAACGUAGAGGACCAAGAUCUGGGCGCCGCUGUGGCAAUGCUAGCCGGCCAUGAGGGGCGGGUCCAGGGAGUGGUGCGUUUUCUGCAGCUGUCCGAGGAGCGCUGCCUGAUCGACGGCACCAUAGAUGGCUUGGAGCCCGGCGCCCACGGCCUCCACGUACACGCGCUCGGCGACCUCACCGACGACUGCCUCAGCUGUGGCGAGCACUACAACCCGUUUGGAAGACCCCACGGCGGUCCACAAGAUGCUGAGCGGCAUGUUGGGGAUCUUGGAAAUAUUCUGGCCGGACCUGAUGGCAGAGCGUCGUUCAGACUGGAGGACAGUCAGCUGAAGGUCUGGGACGUGAUCGGACGGUCUCUGGUGGUGGAUUCUGGGCCUGACGACCUGGGCCUCGGUGGCCACCCGCUCUCCAAAAUGACAGGAAACUCGGGCGCCAGGCUAGCGUGCGGGAUCAUCGCCAGGUCGGCCGGCCUUUUCCAGAACCCUAAGCAGGUGUGCGCCUGUGACGGGCUCACGCUGUGGGAGGAGCGAGGGCGGCCCAUCGCCGGCAAAGGGCGGAGCAACCUUUGACGGAAGACCACCCCGAACACGCGCAAGCCCAUAGAAAACGUCCCAAUGAUUUCUUUUUCAAGUUCUACUGAAAGUCGAAAUGUACAGUCAUGUUGAAAGUUCUGAUGGACCAAGUUGAUUGUAGGUAAGGUAAAAAAAAUAAUUAUUUUAAUUAUAAAGUUUGCCUGAAGCUA